AUGGUGGAUAAGAAUAUUUACAUCAUUCAAGGGGAGAUUAACAUUGUGGUUGGGGCCAUCAAACGAAAUGCCCGAUGGAGCACCCAUAUUCCAUUGGAUGAAGAACGGGAUCCUCUGUUGCAUAGUUUCAGUCAUCUAAAGGAGGUUCUAAACAGCAUAACUGAACUCUCAGAAAUUGAGCCCAAUGUAUUCCUUCGUCCGUUUUUGGAAGUGAUUCGCUCUGAAGAUACCACUGGGCCUAUCACUGGACUGGCACUCACCUCUGUCAACAAGUUCCUGUCCUAUGCACUCAUAGAUCCUACUCAUGAGGGCACAGCAGAGGGCAUGGAGAAUAUGGCAGAUGCUGUCACCCACGCCCGUUUUGUGGGCACGGAUCCUGCCAGCGAUGAGGUUGUCCUGAUGAAAAUCCUUCAGGUUUUGCGGACUCUCUUGCUGACCCCGGUGGGUGCCCACUUAACCAAUGAAUCUGUUUGUGAAAUUAUGCAGUCUUGCUUCCGGAUCUGCUUUGAAAUGAGGCUCAGUGAGUUAUUGAGAAAAUCCGCAGAGCACACUCUCGUAGACAUGGUGCAGCUGCUCUUCACAAGGUUACCUCAAUUUAAAGAAGAACCCAAGAACUAUGUGGGCACCAACAUGAAGAAGCUGAAAAUGAGAGCAGGAGGCAUGAGUGAUUCAUCCAAGUGGAAAAAACAGAAGAGAUCCCCCCGGCCCCCACGCCAUAUGACCAAAGUUAUACCAGGUUCAGAGCUACCCAUCUCCAAUGGAACCACCUUAUCCUCUAAUUUCACUGGUGGCAUGCCCUUCAUUGAUGUGCCCACUCCCAUCUCCUCUGCAAGUUCAGAAGCUGCCUCGGCAGUGGUCAGCCCCUCUACAGACAGUGGCCUGGAGUUCUCCUCCCAGACCACUUCUAAGGAGGACCUUACUGACCUGGAGCAACCUGGCUCUUCAGGGUACAGCACAGCUACAGAGCCUGGCAGCAAUGAACUAGGGGUUCCUGAGCAGCCUGACUCCCAGCAGGAAGGGGCCCAUGUGGAAAAGCCUCAGUCAGCAUCCGUGGAAUCUAUCCCUGAAGUGUUAGAAGAAUGCACAUCCCCUGUUGACCACUCUGAUUCUGCCUCUGUACAUGACAUGGAUUACGUCAAUCCCCGAGGUGUGCGCUUUACACAGUCCUCCCAGAAAGAAGGUACAGCUUUGGUCCCCUAUGGUCUUCCCUGCAUCCGAGAGCUCUUCCGCUUCCUCAUCUCACUCACCAAUCCACAUGACCGACACAACUCAGAGGUUAUGAUCCACAUGGGACUACAUUUGCUGACAGUGGCUCUUGAGUCAGCCCCUAUAGCCCAGUGCCAAACCCUCUUGGGCCUCAUUAAGGAUGAGAUGUGCCGCAACUUAUUCCAGCUACUCAGCAUAGAGCGAAUGAACCUUUAUGCUGCUUCUCUGCGGGUAUGCUUCCUACUGUUUGAGAGCAUGAGGGAGCACCUCAAGUUCCAAUUGGAGAUGUACAUCAAAAAGCUCAUGGAGAUCAUUACUAUGGAGAACCCCAAGAUGCCUUAUGAGAUGAAGGAGAUGGCACUGGAAGCCAUUGUGCAGCUCUGGCACAUCCCCAGCUUUGUCACUGAGCUCUAUAUCAACUAUGAUUGUGACUACUAUUGUUCCAACCUCUUUGAAGACCUCACCAAGCUGCUGUCCAAGAAUGCCUUUCCUGUGUCUGGUCAGCUUUAUACAACACAUCUACUGUCUCUUGAUGCCCUGUUGACAGUGAUUGACAGCACUGAAGCCCACUGCCAGGCUAAAGUCCUCAACAGCCUUACCCAGCAAGAGAAGAAAGAAGUUGCCAGACCCAGCUAUGAGGCAGUAGACGGCACCCGAGAAGUUAGCAAUACUGAGAGAGCAGCCAGCGAUGGGAAAGCUGUAGGCCUGGCCCCAGACAUCCUAGACCUGCAUCUUCCAGGUGGAGGGCGGCUGCCAGCAGAACAUGGGAAGCCAGGAUGCAAUGAUCUGGAGGAAGCUGGUGAUUCUGGGGCUGACAAAACGUUUAUCCGGAAGCCGCCUCGAUUUUCCUGUCUCCUGCCAGAUCCACGGGAACUGAUUGAAAUUAAAAACAAAAAGAAGCUUCUGAUCACUGGCACAGAGCAGUUCAACCAGAAACCAAAGAAGGGAAUCCAGUUUCUACAAGAGAAAGGCCUCCUCACCAUCCCAAUGGACAAUUCAGAGGUAGCCCAAUGGCUUCGAGAAAACCCUCGGUUGGACAAGAAAAUGAUUGGAGAGUUUGUGAGUGACCGCAAAAACAUUGACCUCUUGGAGAGCUUUGUGAGCACCUUCAGCUUUCAGGGUCUUAGACUGGAUGAAGCUCUUCGCCUCUACCUGGAAGCCUUCCGCCUGCCUGGGGAAGCACCAGUCAUCCAGAGGUUGCUGGAGGCAUUCACAGAGCAUUGGAGGAAUUGUAAUGGCUCCCCAUUUGCCAAUAGUGAUGCCUGCUUUGCCCUGGCCUAUGCUGUCAUCAUGCUUAAUACUGACCAGCACAACCACAAUGUUCGUAAACAGAAUGCACCCAUGACCCUGGAGGAGUUUCGCAAAAACCUAAAAGGUGUGAAUGGAGGGAAGGACUUUGAACAAGACAUCCUGGAAGAUAUGUACCAUGCCAUCAAGAAUGAAGAAAUUGUGAUGCCUGAGGAGCAGACAGGCUUGGUUCGGGAGAACUAUGUAUGGAAUGUACUGCUUCAUCGAGGUGCCACCCCAGAGGGCAUAUUCCUACGUGUGCCUGCUGGUAGCUACGAUCUUGACCUCUUCACCAUGACGUGGGGCCCCACUAUUGCUGCUCUCUCUUAUGUCUUUGACAAAAGCCUCGAGGAGACAAUCAUCCAGAAAGCCAUCUCAGGCUUCAGGAAGUGUGCCAUGAUCUCCGCCCACUAUGGCCUCAGCGAUGUGUUUGACAAUCUCAUCAUCUCUUUGUGCAAAUUCACAGCUCUUAGUAGUGAGUCUAUUGAGAACCUGCCCAGUGUGUUUGGAAGCAACCCUAAAGCCCACAUUGCAGCCAAGACAGUAUUUCAUUUGGCCCAUCGUCAUGGCGACAUCCUUCGAGAGGGCUGGAAAAAUAUCAUGGAGGCCAUGCUACAGCUCUUCCGAGCCCAACUGCUGCCCAAGGCUAUGGUGGAGGUAGAAGAUUUUGUGGAUCCCAAUGGCAAGAUCUCUCUACUACGGGAGGAGACACCAUCGAACCGAGGAGAGUCGACAGUGCUGAGCUUUGUGAGCUGGCUGACACUAAGUGGUACUGAGCAGUCUAGUGUGCGGGGCCCAUCCACUGAGAACCAGGAGGCUAAGAGAGUGGCCUUAGAGUGUAUCAAGCAAUGUGACCCAGAAAAGAUGAUCACAGAAAGCAAGUUUCUCCAGCUGGAGUCACUGCAGGAGCUCAUGAAGGCUCUUGUCUCAGUGACACCAGAUGAAGAGACGUAUGAUGAGGAGGAUGCUGCUUUCUGCCUGGAGAUGCUGUUGAGGAUUGUGCUAGAGAACAGGGACCGAGUGGGCUGUGUGUGGCAGACUGUUCGAGACCAUCUAUAUCACCUAUGUGUCCAGGCACAGGAUUUCUGCUUUCUUGUGGAUCGGGCAGUGGUGGGGCUGCUGCGCCUGGCCAUUCGGCUACUCCGGAGAGAAGAGAUAAGUGGCCAGGUAUUGCUGUCCCUGCGCAUCUUGCUACUAAUGAAGCCCAGCGUGCUGUCCCGAGUCAGUCACCAGGUAGCCUUUGGGCUCCAUGAACUCCUUAAGACCAACGCAGCCAACAUUCACUCAGGUGACGACUGGGCCACCCUCUUCACGUUGCUGGAGUGCAUUGGCUCAGGCGUGAAGCCUCCAGCUGCCCUGCAGGCCACCACCAGGGCCGAUGCACCUGAUGCUGGGGCCCAAUCAGACAGUGAACUCCCAUCCUACCAUCAAAAUGAUACGAGUCUGGACCGAGGAUACACUUCUGACUCUGAGGUCUAUGCUGACCAUGGCAGGCCUGGCAAGAUCCACCGAUCAGCCACAGAUGUUGACGUGGUCAACAGUGGUUGGUUAGUGGUGGGGAAGGAUGACAUCGAUAACUCCAAGCCAGGGCUUGGGACUGCGUCCAGCCGGCCAGGCCCUUCACCCCUGGUCAAUCAGUACAGUCUAACAGUGGGGUUGGACCUCGGACCUCAUGACACUAAGUCUCUGCUCAAGUGUGUGGAAUCACUGUCUUUCAUCGUGCGUGACGCUGCCCACAUCACUCCCGACAAUUUUGAGCUCUGUGUCAAGACUCUCCGCAUCUUUGUUGAAGCCAGUCUUAACGGUGGGUGCAAGUCCCAAGAAAAACGUGGCAAGAGUCACAAAUAUGACAGCAAAGGGAACCGCUUCAAGAAGAAAUCCAAGGAGGGCUCAGUGCUUCGACGGCCUCGAACCUCUAGCCAACAUGCCACUCGGGGAGGGCACAGUGAUGACGAUGAGGAUGAAGGCGUGCCUGUCAGCUACCAUACGGUGUCUUUACAGGUCAGUCAGGACUUGCUAGACCUGAUGCACACCCUGCACACUCGGGCGGCCUCUAUCUACAGCUCAUGGGCAGAGGAGCAGCGCCACCUGGAGACAAGUGGCCAGAAGAUCGAAGCGGAUUCACGCACCCUGUGGGCCCACUGCUGGUGCCCCUUACUGCAGGGCAUUGCCUGCCUAUGCUGUGAUGCCCGGCGCCAGGUGCGGAUGCAGGCACUGACCUAUCUGCAACGAGCACUACUGGUUCAUGAUCUGCAAAAGCUGGAUGCCCUGGAAUGGGAGUCCUGCUUUAACAAGGUGCUGUUUCCUCUACUGACCAAGCUCUUGGAGAACAUCAGCCCUGCAGAUGUGGGUGGGAUGGAGGAGACCCGGAUGAGGGCUUCCACCCUGCUCUCUAAGGUCUUCCUGCAGCACCUGUCUCCACUGCUGUCACUCUCUACCUUUGCGGCCCUCUGGCUGACCAUCUUGGACUUCAUGGACAAGUACAUGCAUGCAGGCUCCAGUGACUUAUUGUCAGAGGCCAUCCCUGAGUCUCUAAAGAACAUGCUUCUGGUGAUGGACACAGCGGAGAUUUUCCACAGCGCAGAUGCCCGAGGAGGCAGCCCCUCAGUCCUCUGGGAGAUUACCUGGGAGCGCAUUGACUGUUUUCUGCCCCACCUACGAGAUGAACUCUUCAAGCAGACUGUCAUCCAGGACCCCACGCCUAUGGAGCCUCAUGCCCAAAAACCUCUAGCUUCAGCCCACCUGACAUCUACUGCUGGGGACACCAGGACACCUGGCCAUCCACUUCUCCCAGAGACGCCUUCUGAAUUGGGAGCCUGUGACUUUGAGAAGCCCGAGGGCCCCCGACCUGGCAACAGCAGCUCCCCUGGAUCACCAGUGGCAUCCAGCCCCAGCAGGCUGAGCCCCACCCCAGAUGGGCCUCCACCCUUGGCUCAGUCCCCACUGAUCCUGCAGCCCUUGGCUUCUCCACUGCAGGUGGGCGUGCCACCCAUGACUCUGCCCAUCAUCCUCAACCCUGCUCUCAUUGAAGCCACCUCACCAGUGCCCCUCCUGGCCACACCCCGCCCCACAGACCCCAUGACCACCUCUGAAGUUAACUAA